AAAAAGAGUCAGCGGAGUUAGUUAAGGUUGAGAUAGAUAAUAUUAAAAGGCAAAUUGUAAGCAUUGUUCCGACAAAGUUGAGUUUUUUCGAAGUAGUACAUGAAUUCCAUUUAACAAUGAUUGAUGGGAAAGUUUUUAACACUUUAGCGGGCUCAUCAUCGCAGGCCUGUGGAAUUUGUGGAGCAACACCAAAAUUCAUGAAUAAUCUAAAUAAUGUUCAAUUGAGACAACCACAGGAGCACUUGUAUGAGUACGGAUUGUCAACACUCCAUGCUUGGAUACGGUGCUUUGAGUGUAUAAUUCAUAUCGCCUAUAGAAUACCCAUACAAAAUUGGCAAAUUCGUGGAGAACAUAAAGAAAUCGCUCAGCAAACCAAAAGAAAGAUUCAACUUGAGCUAAAAGAAAAAAUGGGUAUAUUGGUGGACAUUCCCACGAAAGGAUCAGGCAAUACAAACACUGGGAAUACUGCAAGAAUAUUUUUCCAGCAUCCAAUUUUAGCCUCUACAGUAACUGGCGUAAAAGUAGAACUUAUAAAAAGGCUUUUCGCAUAUAUGCUUGGAAUACAGCAGAAUUAUUUGUUUCCGAAUAUCCUUGGUUUUAUAUGCCUCCAUCUGUACAUAAAAUAUUAAUACACGGAGCAGAUAUUAUUGAAAAAGUUUCGCUACCAAUAGGAAUGAUGUCAGAAGAGGCACUUGAGGCAAGAAAUAAAGAUUUUCGCAGUUAUAGACGGAACCAUACGCAAAAAAACUCAAGGUUGAAUACAAUGGAAGACUUAAUACACACUCUUUUAGUUUCUUCAGCUCCUAUUAUUACAUCUAAGUCUAAAAGCACCUCCAAGUACUCCAAAAAUCACAUUGAAAUAGAUGAUGAGGUCAAAAA